AUGCUGAUGGUCCUAAGAUCUUUUAACUCGACCGGAUUUUCAUUUUUGGGAAUUGGACCUUCUAGUACCUCCUUCAACCUAUUAGGAAGUAUACCCGUCAUAAUUGAGUUAUUAAUUAUAGUCGUGAUUGCAUCUAGAGCACAAGUUAGCGAGAAGCAAAACCUGGCAGACCGAGUUCGGUAUAUCUUGCGCUCAAAUAUAUUUGAUGUCGCCGAACUCGAACGGCUACGACGUGAGGCUGUUCCCUCGUCGGAUGAGAAUGCUACGGCUGAGGAUGCGGCGCCACAAAUGGUAGAGCAACCCGCAAACGUGGAUGCCGCCGUGAAUACCCCAGUUGUGGUUGAUUCAAACGAUGAUGGAACAGUCGCCCAGGAACUGGAAUUAGAGCAUAUGAGGAGUAUAUUGGAAGAGGCGAUUGUGGAAACGCGCAGUACGCCUCUCGAAAAUCGACCGCGACUUCCCCGCAUAGCCCUAAGCAAGCGGAAUCGGGCUGUCGUGAGGGCUCUGAACCCAAUGCUGGUUACCUAUUUGGAAGCCAGCCGGGACCUUUGCGAGACGGACUCAAUUCUUUUUGGCGCCGCGCUGGCAGUCUGCCGUAUCAUAGGCGCCAAGGUUUCCACGGCUGGACGCGCUACUGGCCAUAGUAGCGCUAUCCCAGCGUGGAGAAGAAGAAUUGAGGAACGUAUCGCAAAGGCUAGAGCUCUCAUCGGCAGACUGAUAUGCUUCAGAUCAGGCAACAACAGGCCAAGAAUUGUGCGCACCGUCAGGAUGGCGUUUGCUGGGACAAAUGUCAGUUUGUCCCAGCCGGAUAUAACGCAAAAACUGAAGGAGCGCAUAGAUGAUCUGAAGCAGAGAAUCGCUGCUUGGGGAAAGCGGAUUCGGCGAUAUACCGAGAGGUCGACACGGUUCAACCAGAAUCGUCUCUUCCAGAGUGAUCAGAAGAGGCUCUAUGAAUCAUUGGAGCGACCAAUGGUAAGUGGAACGGGUCCAGCACCGGAUCAGGCCGACACUGUAGCAUUCUGGCGCGGCCUGUGGUCAGAGCCCGUAAACCACUGCGAGGGCCCUUGGACGGAAGUUGUGGCGAGUCAGUGUGCGGGUAUUACGCCCAUGGACCCCGUCAUCAUAACGCCGGAUGACGUAGCUGAGGCGGUUCGUAGGGCCCCGAACUGGAAAAGUCCGGGGCUUGACGGGCUGCAUCACUACUGGCUGAAGGGGUUCAUGGUGUGUCACUCUGUGCUCGCCCGACAGUUUCAAGAGGCUCUCAACCAGAAGUCGCUCCCAAGCCUCUUCACUACUGGGAUCACUCAUUUAGUUCCUAAAGACCAGGUUAUUACGGAUACGCAUCUGAGAUCGAACCACGAGCACUUUACUAUUUUACAUAACACUAGGAAACCGAGAAAAGUAAAGAAGCAACCCUGA